UCGGGGAGGGUCUGCCCACAGUGUUAGAGGAAUCACGGCCCACUGCCGGCCCCUUGGGAACGUUCUUCACCCUUCACUACCCGUCGUGCCGCCCCAGGGCGAGCGUUUAGAGCCCGCGGCCUGGACAGCGCAGCGGGCACCGAGCGGUUUGCAAGAGAAGAUGGCUGAACACUUGAAAAAGCCUGUCAAAGACACUCUGGAUGAUAUAAAAGAACGAAUGAAAGAGAGGAAAAAUCAGAAAUGGAUGAGGUUGGAUAAAAUUAGCCAGAUCUGCACUGUAAAGGCCAAAAUAGCAACCAACAACUCCAAGAAAAUUAAGAGCCUUCAAGCAAACAACAAAGCCCUAGCUCAGGCUUUGCAAGAAGAAAAGCUGAAACUGAUGGAUGCCCAGGAUACCAUCCUACAUUUAAAAAAAGAUUAUCAAGAUCUGAAGUUUCAGAUGUUUCAAUUGCAAAGACAUCUUAGGCUCAAGCAAGCACAAGGACUUGUUGAGAAUCAACUGCAAGCCUUGAAUAAGAUAAUUUCAAGAGUUUCUCAGAAUUUACUGGACUCAAUUGAUCUCCUUGGCCCAGCAAAGAAUCUGUGUUCCACAGGUGUAAAUGGGAGAGUGCUUUCUUCAGUUCUUGAAAACAGUUCCAGUGUCGCAGGGCCAAUACAUUCAGUAAAACAUCUACAGUGUGCUGAUGGGGAUGAUCAAGUACUUCCAAGUGGGAUGGAGGCUGACGGCCAUAAAAAUGAGCUCACUCACUCUGUGUCAGAGACCUGUGAGGAAUCUGACAACGCCGUUUCCUCAAACAAAAUAGUUCCAGACAAAGGACAAACGUCUGAUUUUAAUCUGGACGUCAUAGAAUCAGAGCUGGAAAAUACUUCUUCAAGCAGAGAGGAUGGACUUGGUAAUCUCUUACCAAAAGAUGGGUCUAUUAGGAAUUGCUCCUUGAAGUUGAGAAAUUACAACAAACAUUAUACUGGUGUAUUGAACCAUUCAGUAUCGCCUGCUUCAACAAAAAAGCUUUCUGAACUGGAUGAAGUUAGACUUGAGGAAAGUCUAAAGAUGUGUAGUAUAGAAAACGGAAAUUUAGGUAUUUCUCAGUUGAAUGAAAAUGAGGUAGGUUCAGAGCUGGUGUUGAGGACAGAUUCUGAAACUGCACAGUCCCACUUAAACAAUAAUUCUGAUCUUAAACGACAUGAGUGUAAAAACAGAGAAGACUCUCAAGUUAGGAAAGAGAAGCAAGAGAAGGCAAAACUGGAAAAACCUAAAACUUCCAGACGAACACCAAAACAAAGACAGGGUAAAGGGACUUCCAAGAAAAAGUUGGAUUUCUUGGGUGGCUUCAGUGAUGCUUAUGACUUUCAUUUGGAAGAGAGUGUCCAUCUUACACCUUUUCGACAAAAUAAGUUGAAUGACACAGAUACUGGUGUGAAUGACACAGAUACUGGUGUGGAUGACGAAAAUGACUUAUCGAAAACCUAUAUCAUCGAGUCAAGUGAUAUUGAAGAAGAUUCAGAUGACAGCCUCUAUGAGCCUUACAAGGGUAAAUCAAAAAGAAGGAGAAGUUCAGUGGACAAGAUAGGUAUAUCACCAGUACGUGCAAGGCCAAGGUCUAAAAGAUGUUUGGCACAACAUGAGCAGAAACUCCGUAAUGAAAAAGAGACUGAAAGCAGUAAGUCAAGUGACAAGUCUAUUCGGCAGCCUUCAGAGCCAUCUCAUGGUCAUCUUUGUGAUGUUACCAAUACCACUUCACUGCUCGCCAGCACUGGGAAUGCAGCUGUUGUCCCAGAAGGUGAAGGACCACGAUCUCCAAAACGCAAGCGAAACUGUACUGUUACUGUGUGCUAUAAAGAACCAAGUAUUGCAGGGAAACUUAGAAGAGGGGAUCCAUUCACAGACACAAAUUUCCUGACUUCUCCAGUUUUCAAGCAGAAAAAUAACGCCAAGCGCCCUUCUCUUAGGAAAACAUCUCUUGUCAAAAUACAGUGAGAAAUUUGUUGGCCGUC